UUUAAGUUCGAGAGAGUCGGACCAACCUGAUGGAUGGAUGAGAUCUCUCACGUAUGUACCAUGCCGACACACGUGUAGCAGACGUGCAGAGGCCGGUUCCUCUACUGCGCAUUUUCUUUCUUAUACUAUAAGUAAUGCACGGCGUGUACGUGUAGGAACUAUUCUCUUUGCCUCUUUCCCUAUUCACUUGGCUACAUGAUGUGUGUAUUCCACCUAACCUAUGCUAAACAAAUCUAGCCUAUUCAAUCGUUGCAUGGUCACACCAGAUAUGUACGUAACUGAUAACUUUCAAAUUCAUGUUGUGGCCCACCUUAUAUAUUGUUGGAUUAGCCUGACUUUUGAUGCAUCCAACUUUCAAAGUGGCCGACCAUCAUGCCACGUUGGAUGCUAUGUGCGUCCCACUAUAGUGAACUCACGCGUAGCCCUGGUAUAAAAUAAGCUUAUUCUAGCUGCAACGACUUACAGAGGAGCUGGCCUCAUUAUUUUAUUAAGAACACUUUUAGUAAAUGCUUAAGCCGGUUAAUCUCAACCUCCCUAUUUAAUCCAACGGUUAGUAUUUGGCAAUAUAGGAUGAGUUGUGACUGAGGCAGAACGGACUUGAAAAUAAUCAUAACUGUCUUACCUCUAUAAAUACUCAAGUAAAUGUGCCCAUAUGACCAUACAAACACACUCAAAGACACCCAAUCAAUGGCUUCUCUCCAUCAACCAAUCUUCGAAAGUCACAUGGCGUUUGAUGUCCUGAUUGCCAACGUGGCGAAAAUCCAUGCAAGCAUCAGUAAGCUAGAGUCCUUAAGGCCUUCCAAGCAUGUCAAUAGCCUCUUCACUCAUCUUGUCAAGCUAUGCACCCUCCCAUCUUCCAUUAAUGUCCAAAACCUACCACCCGACAUGCAACGCAUGCGCCAGAGCUUGAUAGGCCUCUGUGGGCGUGCUGAGGGCCUUCUUGAGCUUGAAUUCGCUACUUUAAUUACCAAAAUACCCCAACCAUUAGACCAUCUAAACCUUUUCCCCUACUACAGUAACUACAUCAAGCUCGCUGGCCUUGAGUACCAGAUCCUCUCUGAAAAUGGAGUGGUGCAACCUAAAAGGGUGGCAUUCGUGGGGUCUGGUCCCAUGCCGCUAACUUCCAUUAUCAUGGCCAUCCACCACAUGAAAACAACGUGCUUCGACAACUACGACAUCGAUGAGUCAGCGAACAACCUAGCCCGCCGGAUCGUCGCGACGGAUGAUGAACUAGCAAAGAGGAUGGAGUUCAAGACAAGUGAUGUGAUGGAUGUGAAGGAGGAGCUAAGAACAUUUGAUUGCAUUUUCUUGGCAGCUCUGGUAGGGAUGAGUAAGGAAGAGAAGGUGAAAGUGGUGGCCCACCUAAGGAAUUAUAUGAAGGGUGGAGGUAUUUUGCUAGUGAGGAGUGCAAAUGGAGCUAGAGGAUUUUUGUAUCCCAUUGUAGAAGAGGAUGACUUGCAUGGGUUUGAGAUUCUGUCCAUCUUCCAUCCUACAAAUGAAGUUAUAAACUCCGUUGUACUUGCACGCAAGCCCAUCGUAUAAAAGAUGAGUUAGGAUGCGUGUGUUUGGUUUUCUAUAAUCAAUAGGAGUACCUAGAGCUAGUUUAUGUUAUGUUACUCUAGGAUUUGCUUCUUUUGGGUGGAACUAAUAUUUCCUAUGUUGUUUUUAGGUCUUGAAUGAUGUUUGUUUGGUUUUUCAAUGUGGGGGGUUGAGUUAGUAACUUAGUAAAUGAUCUCUAUUGUGUGAGAGUGUCUAAUGAUGUUCUUACUUGCUUU